AUGGAGAGGCCCGACAUAGAGUAUUUAAAUCUGCCUGAGAAGGUUAAGAAAAAGUUGUAUGCCUUCAACAUAAAUACGAUUGAGAAAUUAAGCACGAAUUAUCUGGAGGGCGUCGACGUGGAGGAGGUCAAUGCAGGACAGGAUGAACUGUUCCGUUACCACUUGCGAGACUUGGGAGUGCCAAAUGAGGACGGGGAAGAAGGCCGAGCAGAUUAUUCUAAGGACCCCCUCCAUGGUUAUAACCACCCUGUGAGCGAUCAGGAAAAUUAUUGUUAUGGUGGGAGUCAUGCAGACACGGACGAUGAGGGAGGCGUGCUGAUGGACUCGCUGAGCGACGGGGGGGAGUCGUCCUCAUCAUCCCCAUCAGCGUCCGUGUCAACGUCAACGUCAACGUCAACGUCAACGUCGGCUUCUAUGUCUACCACGGGGCAUGAGCGCGCCCCACCAACUUCUCCCCCCGAAAGGAGAAAAUACACGGUGCUCAAAAGUAUAAACCUGUGGACGAACCUAAAGAGUAGCAACAGUUUAGUGGGGGCGUCGGGAAAGGUUGUGAAGAAUAGCGUGCCAGUGCAUAUAACUAGGUGCAAAAAUCCGGAGGGACUUGAGAAGGAUUUCCUGACCUGCUCGAAUUACAUGAAGGCAUCCCUCAGCGAGGUGACGUCUGUUAAAACGAAUAGUCAUGCACUGAACAAGCUCCUCGGAAACGGUCUCCAAAGGUCUAAAAUAUAUUUCUUAUAUGGGAAAAAGACAAAAAUAAACAAAAUCAUUUUGCUCAAUUUAUUAUGUGACGUUCUCGCUGGAAGUUCGUCCACUUCAGUUGCGGUGUUCAUAUACUUUAGCUACAUUAACGACGUAACAUUAAUUUAUAACAUUUUAAAAGAAAAAAUGAAAAGGGGGAGAAAAAAGAAGCACUCAUUGGAUGAUAUCCUUAACAGGUUAUUAAUUUUUCGGGUUCAAAGUUUGAGCGAACUUAUUUCCUUUUUGGCACAUGUAAGAAAAGACAGGAGAUUCAGAAAAAAAGCGGAUCAAAAGAACCCAUUUACAGCAAGCCAGCUAGCCAAUGUGACAUGCAUAGGAAUAGACAAUUUAACAAAUUUGUUAAAGCAAUUAAGUGUACAAAAUUCGACUACCUACUUCUACCUCGUCCGGGAGUUAAAAGUUAUUUCUGUUACAUUCAACAUACCCAUAAUUAUAUUUGACUGUGAGAAAUAUCAAGUGGAAGGAACACUUGCGUGGGGCAAAAGGCAAUGUAAAGAAGAGGACGCACAGGAGGGGAAGUACACAGGGAAUGAUUACAAGUACAGAAAUAAUAAAACGAAAUGGAACGGGAAUGCUUCUACCACUUAUGAAAAGACAAGCCGUUUAACACCCCAAGGGGAGGAGCACCCCACGAAUGUGCUCACCGAUGAUGUGCCAUAUUGGACGGGAAGGAAGAAUAGAAGGGCCAAGUGGAAAACGAGCGUACUGUCCUGUGACAGCAAUGAUGAGGGCAGCACGGAGAGUAGUAGCGCCACGGACGACUCGGAGUCGUACCCAGAUUAUUACCACCAGGGGGAGGGAAGCACUAAUGAUAAGUCGGCAAAAUUUGGAAGUGGGCACAGUGGUGACAGUGUAUCGUCCCCUAGUGAAUUGUCUCCCCCGUGCGAAUCAACCGAGACGGAGCAGCAGGACGCGUCGCCCAUCACCAUCCACAUUGAAGAAAUCACACGACAGGGAUCAAGUGAUGAUAAAAAAAAUGCAUUCCCAACUGUGCACAACAGCAAGAACAACUCAAACAAAACGUCCGUCCCGCACCUCACCUAUAACUUAUUUGACUGUGUCCUCGAAGUUGAAGUCCUUCAAAAGAUGCGUGGUGAUAAAAACGUGGUUCGUUUCACUCUGCUCAAAUCACCGAAUAGCAUUACACAUUUCUACGUCCACUGCUGCAUUCAAAAUUAUACACUAACGGACGUGACGUAG